CAGAUAAACAAGUUCAAUACACAUUACUCCAUUAUACACAUACAUGUAAACAUGCCUGUUGUGCAGGUGACAACUAGUCUUACUAACGAACAGAUACCUAAAGAUUUUGCAAAGAAAUUUUCUGUGUUUCUUGCCGAGACCUUGGACAAGCCAAUCGAGAAGAUAACAGUAGUAAUCAGCUGUGAUGCUUUAGUUUGUAAUGCUGGAGACGAAUCGCCGUUCUUGCUGAUGUCAAUCAUAUCCAUCGCGAGAUUUAACGAGAAAGAUAAUCCAGACUAUACGGACAAAAUUGUUAACUUUGUAAAGGAAGAAACAAAACUACCUGGAAACAAGGUACAGAUUGUUUAUACAGAUCUUCAACCGCACAUGGUUGGUAAAGGGAAAUGAAGAAAACAUAUAUUUAUAAUACAAACUACAAAAUAAACAGAUUAUAAUAUGUAUGACUUUAACCUUGAUUGUCAUGUUUUAAACUCUUACUUAUACUAAUUAACACUAACACGUGUAGAAUAUUAUAAUUUUGUUUUAUCCAGAAAAAAUUUUGUUAAACUUUCAAUCAAAAUAAACGAAUUUGACUAUUUUA